AUGGAUCCAAGUUGGUGCGACUUCCUGAACUUGGGUUACCUGGACAUGUCCAAGAUGAAAUGCAAAUCGACGAAUACUCUGAUGGGGCGUUUCAUCAAGUGGAUCCCGGAGUGGCUCCGAACAGUCUUGUUUCAUAAGGUGGGAAUUCGCGCCUUCACGCCGGUCGAGGAAGUGGUGAGGAUCGUGACGGAAGGCGACACGGGAGCGGCCAAGAGGCAGUACCCGUUGCCCGUGGUCCCGAAGCAGGUUAAGGCCUCAGGCCUCUUGUACCGCGGGGGCUUGUAG